CUGGUUUAUCUGUUGUGAAAAUCUUGGAAAGCAGUUGUGUUUCUUGCUGAGUGUGUUCCAAGUUUAAAUUUGUGCAACCACGUUAACAUUGCAAAACAGCAAGGCGAGUCAACCCACGUGGACUUUUAACUUUCACGGCUUUUGUAUUGAAAGGUCUGAGCAGGAGUGCGGUCACAUUUUCUCCUUACCUUGACGCAGACCGGGGGGCUGUCAGCUGCAGAGAAAUGGAGUGUAAAUGUGACCCUGAUGAUGCAGUCUGGUGGCUGAACACCAACAGCACCCAGAUGGGAGCUUUCACCGUGGUGGGAUAUCUCCUCUACAGAUUCUCACAGACCCUCCCUGUUCUGAUCCGAUGGCCGAUUCGUCUCUUCUGCUCUUUAACUGGUUUGUCAGCUCUUUGGGGCUGGGUGAGCCAUCUAGUGGGGACCCUCCGUGGAAUCCAGAGCCUGUUUAAAUGGCUGUCUCGAAUUUGGCGGUUUAUCAUAGGAUUUAUUUCAAAGUGCAAAUGGUUGGUUGCUGCCAUCAAAGCCAUCACAGGAUCAACCAGUGACGGACCUUUGGAGGCAGAUCAGAGCAGCAGCAGUGGAAACCCCAGCCCCAUGAAACCCGGCCUGAGAUUGAUCCUCCUGGGGCCCGCCGGUGGAGGACGGACCUCCCUGGCAGACACUUUGUUGGGCUGCAUUGCAGCGCCAACUGUGGAACCACUGAUGGAGAGUAGCAGAAGAAGUACAGUAGUGAACAGUAGAGAGGUUGCAGUGAUUGACACCCCAGAUCUUCUGGGGACAUCGCUGGAAGACAAUAAGAGAGCCAAAGAAGCUCUGAGGAGCCUUCAGCUUGCUGGUCCCGGACCACACGCCUUCCUGCUGGUGAUCCGGGCACCGGGCUGUAGCAUGGAGACUGACCAGGAUGCGGCUCAGGCAAUCCGAGCCACCCUGGAACUGUUCGGAGAUGGAGUCUUGGGAUAUAUCAUCCCAGUGCUCACACAUGCAGACCGUCUGGGUCAAAAGCAUACUGUAGAGAAACUACUGGAUGUUGAUGCUGGGGGUCUGAAAAAGGCUGUGUCUCUAUGCGGCCAGAGGCCUGAGGUGGUGGACAGCAGGUCAGAUCGGCCCCCAGAGGUGCAGAGCUUGAUCCGCAGGGAGCUGGUGGAACGUGUGGUGGAGAUGAAGGAACUGAAGGGGCAUUUUGUCCACGAGCUGCAGAGGAGGGAGGACUGCGCCAGGGAGGAGCUGCUGGCUGACAUGGCCUCUGCACUGGCUGGAAAACUGGGACACAUGUAAAUAAGAGAGGGACAAGAAAUGGUGAUGUUGGUGAUUGCUCAGCUGGGGAACAAAGCUAUGUCCCCAGUUAGAAAAAAAUGCUGAUUUUUAGGUCAGUGGUUAAGGAUAGGGUUAAGAUAAGUCUCCAGGAAAUGAAUGUAAGUCUAUGUAGUGUCCCCAAAGGUGACCAAGGUCAACUUGUGUGUGUGUGUGUGUUUGGGUGAAAGAACUGCUGGAUCAGUGAAAAAAGAAGGAAACGGGAUUCAUUCAAGUGUUAAACAUGCAAUUUUGAGUUUAAGUGCAAGGGUGCUUCUCUGCCUGAGGUAUUUUUGUCACUCUGCUCUUUCCCACUGUCCAAUGAAUUUUCUACUGCUGGCCGCAUUUUGGUUUUCAACAUGCCACAGAUGCUUUUGGUUAGAUAUCAUGGUCACACACACUUAAUUUUCCUAUUUUAAAGUGUUGUAAUUCUUUGACCUCUGUGUAUUCUUUUGUAUUGGUCC